AUGAUGUUAGAAAUUCCAAUGCUCAAAAAAUUGAAUACCAAAAUAGAACCAAACUUUGAUUGCAGUAGUUCUAAACUGUAUGACAAAGGAGAAAACAUCUACAUUCCAUUAGAUGGGAAACUCACUACAGAAUAAUUUGUAUUUCUACCAAAUCAAGCAUUCACCUAAAUGGGUCUAUGCUAGUAAACCUUCUAUGCAUUAAAGAAAGAAAGCUAUAAUCACAGAGUGUUAAUUAUUAAAGUGAUUAACAUUUGGCCACAUCUAGAUUACGAAAUUAAGGAAGAUCUCAAGUAUCUACAACUGAUAACUUAAAACAAACUCUUAAACAAAUACUCUACCCUCCCUACAUUUCUAUUCUAAUACCUAGACAGGAUUAUAGUUAUGCACAAAUAGGUUGUGAAUCUGGAGAAUACAAUUGUGUUCAUAGCUGAUGGCAUCAUGUUUCAGAACGGAAGACAAGUGAUUCAUCAUUUCGAAGGAGAGGCUGUAGCCAUCACCGAAUGUCGAUUGUACGGCUUAAAAAAAUCAAGUAUAUAGAAUAUGAAUAUAAGGAUAUUCAAUAUCUAACUUUAUUUGGUGAGUGUGAUGUCAAAUUAACUCUGCAUAAUCCAGAAC